ACAAGAAAUCAUUCUUGACAAACCCUUUAGGUGAACGGUAAAUUACACAAUUGCAAGCACUUCAAAAAAUUAGUUGUUUUCACACAAGUCAUUUUCAAUUGUCCCGGAAAUACAAAUCGCUCUAAACUCGGAUGGAUUGUCGGAACACUGAGCUUUACCCGCGUCGUGGCGUGUGAGAAGCCGGCAUGACGUGAUUUUUUCGACAACAAACCAAUGACUUAAAGUCGUGCUUUGACACGUUCAAGCAAAUUGCCAAUACUUUUUACGACAAGCCAUGUCAGUGACCGAAAAAUCUUCGGAGGACAAUGCCCUCGAGUCAAGAGGUUACUCUUUGGGCAAGAAAUUGGGACAGGGAUCGUAUGCCAAAGUUCGUGUUGCCGAAUACAGAUCAGGAGACAAGGUCGAAAAGCUGGCCUGCAAAAUCGUGGACAAAAACGUUGCCCCUAAAGAUUUUCUGGUUAAGUUUUUCCCGAGAGAGUUGGAUAUCAUUCCAAAAAUGGACCAUCCCCACAUUAUACGGGUGCACAGCAUACUGGAGAGAAACAUGAAGGUGUACAUCUUCAUGCAGUGCGCCGAAGGCGGAGACCUUCUCGAGUAUAUACAGAAAAAUGGAGUCAUUCCUGAGCCGAGAACACGAGCAUGGGUGCAGCAAAUGAUCAGCGGCCUUAUCUAUAUGCAUGACCUCAACAUUUGUCACCGUGACCUCAAGUGCGAGAACGUGCUCAUCACCAAAAAUCACAAUAUCAAGAUCGCCGACCUGGGUUUUGCCCGGUACGUGGUGGACGAGGAAGGUAAACGAGUGCUCAGUCACACGUACUGCGGCUCGGCGGCGUACGCGGCGCCAGAGGUGGUCAAGGGCACGCCCUACAAUCCCAAAAUGGCCGACGUAUGGUCCAUGGGCGUCGUCAUCUACAUCAUGGUCAACGCCUCCAUGCCUUUCGACGACAGUAACCUCAACAAAAUGCUGCGCGACCAGCUGAAUCGAAACUGGUCUUUCAGAAGCAAAGUCAAAGACAAGAUGUCACCAGACCUGAAAUCCAUGAUUUCGAAGAUGAUAGAGCCCGAUCUGACCAAGCGCGUGACGGCUGACCAGGUGCAGCAGUGCGAGUGGUUCAACAGGUCCUAGCGCGCUGGCGGCCGAGCCAGCUCCUCGCACCAGCAAAACUUCGCAUUGUCACUAUCCCGAUCAUGCAAGGUUGCUUUCUACAUCAACUGUACUCUCCAGUUGCAUUCGUGUGUGCGUGCAGUCGACUACGUCCCUUUUUGAUGGACUGGAGCCGGUAUCCGGCGGAUGGACAAUCCGGUUUGUCACCCCGACCCCGUGCCACUUUCAAGUGCUGUAUCAAAUACUGAUGACGCAA